CUCGCCCUGACUGAUGCAGUCAAAAGACUCAAAACCUCAGAGCGAGUGCCGACCACCUAUUCGAACAAAACCUCUCCCCUUCAAUGCCGCCGCCGCGCGCAGCGCUUCGCCGCCUCCUUCCCACCACCGGUGUCCACCUCCUCAGGCGCCGCGCUCCGCCGCCUCCGCCGGUCGACGAGAGCCCCCUCCCUGACCCCUACGCUCUCCUCGUCCACGAUCCCAUCGACCUCAUCUCCUCCCUGUGGCGCCGCGCCUUCUCGCACCCGCUCCCCACCCUCUUCCCCAACCUCUCUGGCUACGCAUCCCGCCUCGACCUCUGGCUCCUCUCCUACCAGCGCGCCUGCGCCCACGCUACUGGCUCCUUCCCUCCGCGCCAAGCCGUCCCGCUCCCUACCCUCCACUCCCUCCUCCGCCUCCGCGCCGCCGCCCUCCGCCGCCACCCCGCCUUCCCCUGGGGUGCCUCCACCCACCUCCUCAUCCGCUCCCCAGCCGACACCCCUUCCACCGUGCCCGUCUCCCGCCGCAAGCUCGAUGCCCGCCUCGCCAACGCCCCGCCACCGUUCCAGGACCACGUCGUCCAGGAGCUCCUCCUCCUGCUCCUCGAACCCGUCUUCGAGCCCCGGUUCUCCCCCAAGUCCCACGCCUUCCGCCCUGGAAGAGGGCCCCACACCGCCAUUCGCUCUGUCCGCUCCGGCUUUGCCGCCUACCUCUGGUUCAUCACCGCCGACCUCACAGCCGUGGUUGACGCCCUAUCGUCCAACACAAUCCUGUCAUGUGUGGAGAAGACUGUCUCUGACCGCAAGGUGCUGUCAUUGCUAAAGUCAGCGCUAAACACUCCAAUCCGGCCCGGGUCUGUGCCACCAAGGGAGAAGGAUCUCGAUGGGCUAACCAAAAAGAGGCUGAAAAGGAAGGUGCUUAGGAAGAGCAGGAAGAAGAAGGUGCUUAAUGAGGAUGAGCCGAAGCCUGACCCAUAUUGGCUGAGGCUGUUCUUUGGGUUUGCCCCGGACCAGGCCUGUCAUGUGCCGGAAUAUGGGCAUUGUGGGAUACUUAGUCCUUUGCUCGCUAAUGUGUGCCUUAACGAGUUGGAUUGGUGGAUGGAGGAGAGGAUUGGCGAGUAUUUCCGCCCGUCAAGGCAUGAUUCUAUUUGGAAGGAGGCGGGUGAUGUGGGAUGUCAUAAUCCAUCUUGGCCUGAGUUUGUACCGUCAAGUGGGAAGGAGAAGACAAGGAAGAUGGAUUUCCUUAGAUUUGGCUCUCAUGUCUUGAUUGGGGUCAGGGGACCAAGGGAGGAUUCAGUUGAGAUAAGGAAGCAACUGAUGGAAUUUUGUGAGAGUACAUUUGGUUUGAGGCCAGAGAAUUCCUCGGUGGAGAUUGAACACAUCACAAGGGGGGUUGAGUUCUUGGAUCAUGUAAUUACACGCCGUGUCAUCUACCCAACCUUGCGAUAUACUGCCAGUGGAGGGAGCAUUGUGAAUGAGAAGGGUGUUGGAACAUUGUUAUCUGUCACAGCAAGCUUGCAGAAGUGCAUAAGGCAUUUCAGGAAGCUUGAGCUUGUAAAGGGGGAUAGGGAUCCUGAGCCAUUGCCGUGUUCUCCAAUGCUGUACUCUGGGCAGGCGCACACUAAUUCUCAGAUGAACAAAUUUCUUGAGACCAUGGCUGAUUGGUAUAGGUAUGCAGACAACCGGAAAAAGAUUGUAGGGUUCUGCGCAUACGUUAUACGAAGCUCUUUGGCAAAGCUUUAUGCAGCAAGAUAUAGACUCAAGUCUCGUGCUAAGGUUUACAAGAUUGCAUCACGUGAUCUCAGCCGCCCAUUGAGAGAGAGCACAAGGAAUGAUGCACCAGAGUACUCUGAUCUCUUGAGAAUGGGAGUUGUUGAUAUUAUUGAGGGUGUACAAUUUGCACGCAUGUCAUCAAUUCCAUCAUGCGACUAUACACCUUUCCCUAGAAAUUGGGUACCUCACCAUGAGCUUGUAUUGCAUGAGUAUAUCAAACUGCAAGAUCCGAAGUUCUUUUGUGGACUUCACAAGACAAUCAAACGAAGAGAGAUAAGUUCACCACAGGAUGAUGUAUCGAGGAUGGUGUGGCAUUAUAAGGUUCAUGGUGUUUAUGAUGAUACGAGGUCCUCAAAGAAACUAAAUGAAUGGAGGAGUAAUGAUGAGGCUGCCAGUGGGAACACAUAAGUUCUAUUGGAUAAGUAAUCCUAAAUUCGAAAUCGUUUGUACAAAUACUGACGGGUGAUAUAUUGCCGUUAACACAUCAGCAGAUGGCCUGGUUUCAAGCAAAAGAACUUGUUGGGCAAAUAGUCCCAGGCUCCUAUUGUUCAUGGAGAAUACUCAUGGAGAAUCUUAUAAAUUUUUGGAAUGUGCGGGAGGACAUGUUUGAACAUGCAUAUAAUACUUCACCUGAUGUCAAGGGUCACUGCCAUGGGCAAGAGGAGACUGACACAUUAUAUUAGAGUUCUUGCUUGCUGGACUGAUACAAUCUUUUUCUGUUACUAUGAUGGAUUAUUGUGGAAAGUACUCUCAUCAGGUAUGAGCAUACUCUCAUUCUUAUUUUGCACAUCAUAGGAUCAUCAACGCUGGAGACCUGGAGGCUGGAGUACAUUAUUGUAAAAUUUCAUAAUCUUCCAUUUGUGCUUUCUGGUUGUUACACUGGUGCAAAAAGUUGACUUUCAGGUAUUGCAUCGGCAUCCUAAGUGUCUUAUCUUCAAAUAAGAUGGUCACUUAGAAACUAAACUCCAUGUCUGCUGUCCAUGUUUCCGCACUUACAUUCUCAUUUCAGGAUGUGCGGUAUCAUGUUUUCCAGCAGACUUAUUAUGUAAACAAGAUCUUGGUUAGAAGUUGAGAAGCAUAUGACCGGACCCUUAUGUCGGGUAACAUCUGUAUUUGAUGGCCCCUUGCAUUUAUUCAGAUCAAAGGAUUUUGUCUCUGCUCAAUCUCUCACCUGUCCAGAUAACGACCUUACUCAUAAGCUCUACACUAGUAUGCUGCUACUAUUCAUUUUCCCAAAUCCCAGUGUUGUGUUGCUGGUGCCGUUCUGUCCCUUUCAAGAGCCGUAGUGUGAAUAAUACAUAAAGUUGCAUUUGUUCUGACGAAUAUAAAUAUUAUUCGCUAUGUUAGAAAAAGUUGCUCCUCACCUCAUCUCUCGUCCUUUUGAUGACAGCACUUGAUUCCCCAGUUUGGUCUACUGGGAUAUGAUACGAUCAUGAUAUCCUCUGCAGCCAGAUCACCGAUAUGAAUCAGUGAAAGAUUUGAAAGGUAAUCUUCAACAGCUUUUUUUUGGGUAGCACUUACUGUGGACCAGAAAACUGGAUUACCGAAUUACUAUUGUCUUUGAGGAGUCGGUCAAGUGAGACCCGAAUCUGGGUGGGUGGAUGGGAUCAGAGAUGCGUUGUGUCCACUUCCGCACGCUCGGAGUACUUGUCGUACCGUGUUGGCCACAAAGAAUUCCUGGUUCUACCCGUGUACAGAGCUGUAUAGAGCUGAAACAUUCAAGCCAUCGAUCAGACAAUUUGAUUGUGUUUUCGCCAGGUCCGUCAAGAUGUGUGUAAACGGUCGAAUCAAGUCUUCAGCGGUUCUUGAAAUAGAGAAAUUGACCAGGCAGUUGAGCUGGUGAAGUAGUACUAGUAUUUAUACACUUCCAUGUCCUGUUUGACGUUAAAGUGUCGCUUCCGAUUUAGUCAAGUAAAUAAAAAUAAAUGUGCCACGUUUCCGUC